UUUGGGAAUUUUGAUUGUAGGUUAAACAAAUAAUCUCCUUUAUUGGUAAUGGUUGAACAUGUUUACGAACCUACCGAUUAUUUUGUUCCUUAAAUAAGAUUUGGUGGUCUAUUCUGAACUUAAUGUUCUAAGGUCCCCUUGCUAAUAAGGGGCAUGGUAUCCUAAGUAGUAGAGUUGUCGAUGUAGGUCUUAUGUUUUCCUAGACAUCUUUGUUUAUCUUACCAUUUAUUGUCUGGUGACUUGCCUUAUACGUGAUGUUUCUAAUAGUUGUAACAUUGCCUUCUCUGAUGCUCACAGGGCAAGUUAUCAUUAGUAAUUGAGUUCCCAUUGUAGAUCUUUUGUUUGCCUUCUGUUCAUUCUCCUUCCCUGUUUUUGUUUCUCUCUUAAACCACCUUCUCCUCCUCUCAAACUAGAAUCUACUAUACACUCACUCUGUUUUCUACUUUAGAGAUAGAACCUUGCGCGUGUCUAUUUGGUUCCUUUUUCUUCCCUCCUUUCAAACCACCAUCUACCUAAGAGCGACUCCAUUUUUCUUCUUUAGAUAUAAUCUUGUCUAUUUGUUUGCCUCCUGUUUCUUCUCUUCUUUACUCUCUACCUUAGACCACUCUGCUUCUCCUUCUAAGAAUGCCCUGAGGUUUAUCUGGUCGUUUGCCUCCUGUUUUUCUACUUCUUUUUCUCAAAUCAUUGUACCUUCUUGAUAAUGUUGAAGUUGGGAUGAAUGCGUUUGAGCUUCAGUCAAAUCAUGGUAGGUUUCUUGUUGAAAUGUAGGCUGUGCGUGAGGGGAAUCUUGGCAGAGAAAAGCACUGGCAUAACUUUUACAUGAUAUGCUUGCAAACGAUUGUAGAAUUUGGAAUUUUGAAGAUGUUCUCUGGUGUCAAAACAUUCUACAUAACUGAUGAAUUUGGAAUUUAAACUAGUGAUUUCAGAUCACUCAGAAACUUAAUUCCCCUACACAACUCCCAGUCUCCAAAUCCUGUCUUUAAGCCGCUGGAUCUGGAUAUAUGCUAUUAACUCUGAGUCUCUGACAUUGUGAUUGAAUACGACCUGAUCGAUUCUAUUGGUUUGAUAAUUGUGUCCUUGAGUUCUAGUAAUCUGUUGUGGGUUCUGUCACUAUUAUUUUGAACCCGCUUCCUCUCCAGCGGAUCAACGUUUUUGGUUGCUGUGAAACUUCGAUUAAUUUUUGUUCCCAUUUAUUGGGCAGGAUAGUAAAUUGGUUGAUUCAAUGAAAUGCUUAUUUGAUUUCAUUUGUUUGUGUUAUCGAUCUAGAGUUGGUAUUACAAUUUGAUUUUAAAGAUGUACUCCAUCAAAGAUAAGGGGUAUCUUCUAAAAUUGAGUACAACAAUUUAAAUUUUGAAGUACUUUAAUUUUUGACGAGGCUAAAUAUUUGUUGAAAUAUUUUACCACUCAAUAAUUUAACAGUGCAAGCAUGUUUUUUAAACCACAUAUUUUUUAGUCACUAACGUGUGCAGAUGAGUUGUUUUUAAUUUUUUUUUUUUCUAAGAAAGUAAUUACAUAAAUUUGAAAGAGAGAUGUAACAACUUUCUUUCCUAUCUUCUAUGUGUAUCUUGUUGUGUCAAAUUACUUUACAAAUGUUUGAAGAUCAUGUUACCUCACCAUUAGUUAAUAUAAUAGCAUUAGAAACUUUUAAAGAUUUAGAAAUAGAAAUUAUAAAUAAAAGCUAAACAAAUACACUUAUUAGAGACUAGUGAUUAAAUUUAUAAUAGGGUAAAAAAGAAGAAAAAAAAAGGAACGAAGAUUUGAAGGACUUAAACAUUGACGGUCAUCCAAUGAUCAAUCCUCAUUUUCAAGCUUUGUUCUUAAAAUGCUACAAGACAAGAAAGCCUACACCUUUAGUAACAGUCAAAAAGUUUAGCAAAUUCCUAUGCUUAUCUUGUCUCAUAUGCUCGAUGUUGUGAGCAGCUUACCUCACAUACAUUUGGUCUUUGGCCGUGUUUGCAAAUAUCAGUAUUUAAAGUUUAGGAUAUUUUUUAAACUUUUGGAAGUUUGAGGAUAUUUUUUAUCAAGUAUAAAGUCGCAACACAUUUAUCGGAAACAAAUCAAAACAUUUGAACUUCCCAAAUGUCAUCAUUAAAUACAACUACAAACAGACAUGGUUUUAGAUGUCUACUUGCCUGUUCUGUUCAAGCUGGAUUGGAAACAAUGUCGAACAACCAACCUUGUACAAUUGCUGGAAUAUCCAUUUUUCAAUAUAAAAAUGAGUGAAUCAUUCCCUUGUUUUUAUCUUUAAGAUAAAUAUAAAAAUUCAGAUUGGUUAGCUGUAAUAGGAACUUAAAACAAAGAUGGUUUUGAUCUCAUCGACAUCGUUUAGUAGAAAUCUGUUGCCAAUGAACAUUUGCUCAGAGUUGGACUUUUGAGCAUGGAGUUUUCUUUGUUCUUCAUUGCAGCAAUACUAUUGUUUAGAUCUGUUGUGGCUCAAGUUGAUAUUCUUGUUGGCUUUAAUGGAGAUGAAAGAGAUGCUUUGUAUGCAUUGAAGAAAACUUUCAAUGACUCUUUUCUUAACAGAAACUGGACUGGAACUCACUGCCACAACAAUCAGCCUCCUCUUUGGUAUGGCCUUCAAUGUGGCGAUGGCCGAGUCACGGCGAUAUCAUUGGAUAGUUUGGGAUUGGUGGGCAAUAUGAAUAUCAAUGCAUUCAACAAAUUCACUGAAUUGUCUGCAUUAAGCUUGAAGAACAAUUCCUUGUCAGGAAAUGUAUUCAAUUUCACUUCCAACAAGAAGAUGAAGGCUAUAGAUCUAUCAUCCAAUGCGUUUGAUGGGCCGAUUCCGGAUUCCCUUGUGAGUUUAAGUUCAUUGGAAUCAUUGCAGCUUCAAAACAACAAGCUUACAGGUUCCAUACCUGAACUCAAUCAGUCUUCCUUAGCAGUAUUUAAUGUCUCAAACAACAACAUCAAGGGUUUCAUUCCAAGAACAAAGGCUCUUCAAUCAUUUGGGCCGGGGUCGUACCGCGAUAAUCCGGGACUCUGCGGUCCACCCUCUGAUGUCUGCAACUCAAUCAUAAAAGGGUCAAAUAACACAGCAGCACCUCCUGAUUCUAAUAAAGCCACUAAUGAUAAUUCUUCUUCCAAGGCUCACGUCAUUUUGUUGCUGGUUCUUGUUAUUGUACUUUUUUUUGUUGCUAAUCUAUUGCUGCUCCUUCUCUACUUCAAGAAACAUCUAGAGCUAAAGGAGCUCAUAAAGCAACUAGGCACUAAUGAAACAAAAGAGAAGAAAAAUGAAAGCGUGACUGAAAUCUCAAUUCAGAACCAAGAACCUGCAGCAGAUGAAGGAGGAAAGCUCAUCUUCAUGGAGGAGGGAGAAAAUUUCCAACUUGGAGAUCUUCUAAAAGCUUCAGCUGAGGGACUAGGUAAGGGGAUAUUUGGAAAUAGUUAUAAGGCAAUGCUUGAAGGCAGGUCGCCUAUCGUGGUCAAGCGGCUCAGAGAUCUGAAACCGUUAACCGUUGGCGAAUUCAUGAAGCAAGUACAACUCAUUGCUAAGCUAAGGCAUCCAAACCUGCUUCCACUUGUUGCCUAUUUCUAUACAAAAGAAGAAAAGCUUUUGCUCUACAAGUAUGCUGAAAAAGGAAACUUGUUUGAUAGAAUCCAUGGAGGCAGAGGUGUGGGGAGAGUUCCAUUCAGAUGGAGUUCACGACUGAUUGUUGCUCAAGGAGUGGCAAGAGCUUUGGAAUUUCUCCAUUUCAAUAGCAAGCCAAAUAGCAGCAGCAUCCCACAUGGAAACUUAAAAUCUUCAAAUGUUUUACUUGGAGAGAAUGAUGAAGUUCUUGUUUCAGAUUAUGGCUUUGCUUCACUUGUAGCCCUUCCCAUUGCAGCUCAAUGCAUGGUUUCAUAUAGAUCACCUGAAUAUCAACAAAUGAAGAGAGUAUCAAGAAAAUCAGAUGUUUGGAGCUUUGGUUGCCUUCUUAUUGAGCUAUUGACAGGAAAAAUCUCAUCUCACUCAGCACCAGAAGAAUCUCAUGGCAUUGAUUUAUGUGCUUGGGUUAAUAGAGCGGUUAGAGAAGAAUGGACAGCAGAAAUAUUUGACUCAGAAAUAGCUUCACAAAGGUCUGCUAUUCCAGGAAUGCUGAAUCUAUUGCAAAUUGCAAUACGUUGUUCCAAUAUUUCACCUGAUAAAAGACCCGAGAUGAGUGAAGUUGUUAAAGAGGUUGAAAAUAUCAAACUUAUAGAAAAUGGAGACGAAUAUAGCUCUUCAUUUGAUCGAUCUUUGACAGAUGAUUCAAUGUCCACUGUUGGGUCAGGCAUUGCAAUGGAUGAGAGAUGAAAGAUGCAAACUACUUCAAUCCUAGAUUUUAAAGAUCAUCUUAGCAUACUGUUAUUAAGACUCAUAUCUUUCAUUGUUUUCUUUAUGUGAUAUGAAUAAUGCAACAAACUAUUUGUUAUUUCUUAGAUUUUGUGGAUUGGAAAUGCAUAUAUG